UUGUUUGCCUUUCCCCUCAGUUUUGAUUGUGUCUCAUUGUCUCCCCUCACCUGAGUGUCUAUAAGACUGUGUGCGUUCUUUAUUCUGUGUCAGUUUGUCUGUCUUUUGUCAAGCGUCCCGGCCUUGGUUACUUGUGUGUUCUACUGGAUUAUCUUCUGUUUCUCUCGGACCUUUCAUGGAUUUUGGACUUUGCCUGCUACCUGUCGGAAUUGUUUGCCUUUGUUGGACUGCCUUUCCUGGUUUGCUCUCUGCCUGCCUGACAAUCCAUGCCAUGCAGACUGGUGGCGACAUCCAGAACAAAUGAGUCAACUGUCUCCUGACCACGCAGCCUAAACAUGGACGUCUUGGCCACAAAGAUUAAACAGGAUGGUAUUUGUAACCGCAGCUUGGUUGGACCUUAUUAAAGCUGCAGACUUGAGUCAGAUAAUUUAAGCAGCAGCAGCAGCAGCAGGACUCACUGGAGAAAAGCGUGACACCAUGAAGAAAAACAAAGCGUCCUACAGCAGGAUGAGAGCGAUGAGAGCGACAGAAGUAGAAGAGUUCUUGAGAAAACCUCCGGCCGGUUUCUCCGUGGAGGUCCUCGGUUCGGGUUACCGAGUCCACAGCGAUCCCGAGAAGAGCCUGGUGCUCAUCGAUGACUUCGAGUCCUGCAGAGGAAAAAUAGUUUUCCAGAACUCGCUGGGAAGGAAAGCUAAAAUGCACAAUCUAUGGGAGUACACCAGCAUGAGGAAGAGUCUGUUGUCCAAGCGGAUCUAUCUGCUGAUGUCUGCCUGCGAAGAAAACCUUUCAGCGACUAACAAACAGGCAGCUAAUGAAGCCAGAGUGCUGCAGCAGUACGUGGUGUCCAUUGACGGCAACGAUCCUUUCAUCAAGUGGCAGAUGGAGAGAGGCCUGGACUGGACCAUCACCUCUGUUGCUGGGGAAAGCUACAGGGUGGAUAUUGACUUGACUGAACUACUGGAGAGCUGGGCAGCAAAAAACAUCCACAUCAUAACUGAUAAACUAACAAAAGUCAAACCUGUGUGGAGAGACGCCUCCUUCACCCUCAAAUACUAUUCUGAUGCCCUAUUUGACUUCCCACACUGGUUUGGCUUCAGCAAAAGAAAAUUUAAGUUGAGGCAGACAUGAGCCAGCAGUGGAUGACGUUUUUUGAUGGAGUCUGGGUCUUUUUCCUCAAGAAAGUUUCUCGAGCAACAGACAAAUGGUUGCCAGGUGAAGGAUCAGCUUACCUCCUGGGACUGCAGGAACUACCUUAUAAUCGCCAUUGGGUCUAGAUGUUUCAGUGGGUGGAAACCACUGACAAGGAAAUUCUGAAUUCCAUGAAGAUUAUUUUUAAAGGUGGGGGGGUUGCCAUUUACCUCACUUGAUUAUGAGGGGUUGAAGGGGUCAAAUCUCUUAAUACAGAAUCAAAGUUUUAUAGACUUUUGUACUUAAGAAUCAACAUUUGUUCAUGAGAAGUUUUUAUUUUUUAGCAAACUCAAAUACAAUAAAUGCUCUUUUAGAAAACACA